CACGCACUCCGAGAAAGCGUGGCUUCCACAUCACUCGAUGUCUCGAUCGUAAUUAAUACUCCAGCCGCACAGCCUCCUCUCAAGCUCUCUCAGCGACAUCCAACGGCCUCCGCGUCAUCACUAGCUCGCCGCGCUAGACACUGUCAUAAGCCAGCCGCACUAGCUUCGAUUCGACGCAGAAGGCGUCGGGAGAGCUUAGGUAGGUAGCUAGAGGGACGGCAUGGGCGCGGGGAUUAGGCUCCUGGCGGCGCUCCUGGUGCUGGCGUCCGCCGGGACGCCGCGAUGCGCGGCGCAGCUCCGGCAGAACUACUACGACGCCGUCUGCCCCGGCGUGGAGAGCAUCGUGCGCGACGCCGUGGCCAAGAAGGUCAACGACACGCCCGUCGCCGUCGGCGCCACCGUCCGCCUCUUCUUCCACGACUGCUUCGUCCAGGGCUGUGACGCGUCCGUCAUCGUGGUGUCGUCGGGGAACAACACGGCGGAGAAGGACCACUCGGCGAACCUCUCGCUGGCCGGCGACGGCUUCGACACGGUCAUCAAGGCCAAGGCGGCCGUCGACGCCGUGCCGCAGUGCACCAACCAGGUCUCCUGCGCGGACAUCCUCACCAUGGCCACCCGGGAUGUCAUCGCAUUGGCCGGUGGCCCGGCGUACGCCGUGGAACUCGGGAGGCUGGACGGGCUGAGCUCGCUGGCGAGCAACGUCGACGGGAACCUGCCGCCGCCGUCGUUCGACCUGGACCAGCUGAACGCCAUGUUCACCGCGAACAACCUGUCGCAGACUGACAUGAUUGCCCUCUCUGCGGCGCACACGGUGGGGUUCGCGCACUGCGGCACGUUCGCGGGGCGGAUCCAGACGGCGUCCCAGGACCCGACGAUGGACUCCGGGUACGCGUCGCAGCUGCAGGCGGCGUGCCCGGCGGACGUGGACCCGAACGUGGCGCUGUCCAUCGACCCGGUGACCCCGAAAGUCUUCGACAACCAGUACUUCGUCAACCUGCAGAAAGGGAUGGGCCUCUUCACCUCCGACCAGGUGCUCUACUCCGACACCCGGUCCCGCCCCACCGUCGACGCCUGGGCGGCCAACAGCUCCGACUUCCAGGCCGCCUUCGUCGCCGCCAUGACCAACCUCGGCCGCGUCGGGGUCAAGACCGACCCGUCCCUGGGCAACAUACGCCGCGACUGCGCCGUCUUCAACUCUUGAAUUUGAUGUCUGAAUCUUCAAUCUUGAUACUGCUAGAUGGGAUCGAUGCGUGGAGAUAUCAUCAAUUGUUCAUAGUUAGUUGGGCCACUUUUGGGUGGUGCUGAAGUUAUAUACAGUUAGCUUUUUCAGAACAAAAUGUUUUAGUUCUAAUCGAUCAGGAGGUUAAUGUGAGGCUGUUCGGCAUUUGUUCUGGAGUUUGUUGGGCAUUUUAUUACUUACCUAGCCAAAUGUAUUCAUUGUGUGUGUGUUUAAUAUUGGAGGAAGAAUCAUUCGUAUGUUUUCUUA